UAUUUAUUUUUUUACAUGUGGCUGAUAAAGGAAACAGCUUGUAGCUUAAAAUAAUUACAUAAAAUUCCAAAUAUUAAAAUCACCCUCUCUUAUAUAUUUUAUAUGUCUGUUCUCACUGAGUUGAUUGAUAAAAAUCCUUUCUAUCUUGAAUGAUCCAGUCACUUGUAUUGUACUUGAUAGCGUUUUCUAAACGAAGAAGGCUAUAAAGUAAUUGCAGUGGACUCCUUUAGAUUUAAUCCUGGUGAAUAUCUUAAUCAUCAAACCAUAAACAUGAAUGUAAUGACCAAUAUGGUAUAUAUCAUUAUACGAUGGACCUGAAUUACUCUGUUUUUGUUGGCCCACUGGAAACAUCUCGUUUGUCGUGUGUAUAGUCUAUAUGUGCUCUUGGCACUGAAAUGGUUUACCAAUAACAGUCCUACCCCGCCUCCCCUCUGCCUCCCCAAGAACUCCCUCUCUCCCCUUUCUCGUCUCUCUUUUUCAGUCUCUCCUGCUCUUCCUAUCACAAGAUCGCGCUUUGUCUGUUUGGAGAUGUCGAGCGCCCAUCCAAUGACAUUAGGAAUCAAUAACUAACGCCCAUAUGAAAUGCAACUCACUAUCAAAGAGAGUAAAAACGGAAAACUCUUUAUUGCUCGGGGACCAUCACUAAGGAGUCAUGCCUACAUUUGCUCAAUUAACUUUAUUCAUCAAGAGACUGCCUGAUCUCUAUACAGUUGUCAAAGUUCCUUCUUCGGGGAGUCGAUCUGGCAGGCAAUGAGUUCUUACUUCGUUAAUUCCCUCUUCACCAAAUUUAAAGGAGGCGAUUCUCUGCGCUCCAGCUACUAUGACUGCUCCGGGUACGCGCAGGAUCUUGGAGGCAGACCGUCUGUGCUGUACGGUCACAACUCUGGAUCAUCGUUUCAGCACGCGGCUCAGUUCCCGGAUUUCUACCACCACGGUACAUCAUCCUUCUCCCACGCGUCCUACCAGCAGAACCCGUGCGCGGUAGCUUACCCUGGAGAUGCCACGGGAAACAUCUUAGGUCAGGACAGUUUACAGAGACAGUCGUUCUUCAGCGCACCGGAUGCGGAUUUUACGCAGUUUGGGGAUUGUAAUUUAAAGGUCAGCAGCAUCAGGGAUGAUCUGGAAGGUGCAGAACCGUGCACAGGGCAGCUCUUCCCAUGGAUGAGACCACAAGCUACCGGCCGGAGAAGGGGCAGGCAGACAUACAGCCGCUACCAGACUCUGGAGCUGGAGAAGGAGUUCCUGUUCAAUCCUUACCUGACCCGCAAGCGCCGCAUCGAGGUGUCUCACGCACUGGCCCUCACUGAGAGGCAGGUGAAGAUCUGGUUUCAGAACAGGCGCAUGAAGUGGAAAAAAGAGCACAACAAAGACAAGUUUCCCUGCAGCAAAGUGGACCAAGAGCAAAUCGAGAGAGAGAGGGAAGAGGGGAGCCAGGUAUCAGAAAAACACACAUCAGGAGAAGAGGACUCGGAGACUUCCAGUAUUUCUAAAUAGUCUGUUGACUAGGAAAAAAAAGAAACACCACUGCAAUCGAUCAAAUGCAAUUUAAAUAAAAGUCUGAGGUUUGUCUGUGGAUACGCAAAGGCUAUCAAAUACAAAGCCAAUCAUAUAUUCCAUUUACUGCAGACUUGUUUCCAAACGGUGAUUGUUUCCGCUUAUUAUGGUUUGCUGAAUCAGUCUCAGUUUUGUAAAGUUUCAGUGGUGUAAGUAGAUUACUCUUGAAGUUACUGUUGCAGAGAGGGCAUAUGAGGCGAAGGCUAUGGUCUGCAUGGCAUCAAUUUCCUCUCCAAAUUUUUAAGAGUCACAAGAUUCUCUUCAGUAACUCUGUUAUAGCUAAAAUGGGAUGAGGAAUCAGCAUUAGCGAGUGCAUUACUGUAUCUCUUACUGUAAGAAAAUGCAAUUUUAUGAUUGUUAAUUACUGUUCAGAAAUGAUUAUUCAGGUUUACAGAUCUUCAACCGAACUACCUAAUAUAUGGGUCAUUGCGUCAAUCAUUUUGUCAGUGUAUCCAUGCGUUAUGCUUUCCUGAGAGGGAUGGUUUAAACGCACAAUGUUAUUAUAAAAAAAAUGCUGUGUAAAUAUUUGAUAUUGCAGUUCCGUGAAGCACUGUUCUAUUGUAUUUUCUAUUGUCUUUAAAUGGAAGUGGUUGCUGAAAGAAGCCACAAUAAAAUCUAAGAAAAGAA